GCAAAUUUCUGUAUACAACACAACGUGUUGAAAACCAGAAGAUGUUGAGCGAUGUUGUGAGUGCACUUGCAUCCCAAAUUGGUGCCAGUGUUCAAGCCACUAGUUUUCUGUUGUCGUUGUUUAUAGGGUAUCCUCUGGGAUUUCUCCACCGUGCCUUCAUUCAUGGAAAACAUGAAAACAUUCACCAUUUAUACUUCACUCUAACGGGAGUUGCUGUGUAUUACUUUAACUUUGGGUUAUAUUUUAUUCAUCCCCUCAUCAAUAUUAUUGUGAUCUGUGUUCUACUAAGAGUGACUGGUGGAUCCAGGAUUUCAGUGGCCAUUGCUUUUAUCUUUAAUUCAGGUUAUCUGUUGUAUGGAUAUUUACAAAUAGCCAAGGAAGGCUAUGCGAUAACAUGGAGCACCCCGCACUGUGUAUUAACACUGAGGCUGACUGCACUGGUAAUUGAUUAUUACGAUGGAAAGAAAUCAAAGGAUAAGUUAUCCAAGGAUCAGAAAGAGAACUAUAUCUCAGACCUUCCUUCUCUUCUGGCCAUGUGUGGCCAUUCCUUCUUCGUUGGUGGGAUGUUAGCUGGACCACAGUUUGGGAUGAGAAAAUAUUUGGCUUUCACAAGAGGAGAGUUUAGUGCCCUGAUGGCUAAAGAUGCCUCUAAAGAAAUGCAAAACUAUCCUCCUGCAAGUGUGGGUCCUGCCCUGACCCGACUGAGUUUGGGUCUACUCUACAUUGUCCUGUUCCAGACUGGUAACAUUCUGUUUACUGAUGACUUUUUCUUCACACCACAGUAUCAGGAUUUAAGACUACUGACCAAGUGUGCCUACAUACUGGUGUGGGGACAGCUUCAUUUCAGAAAAUAUGUGGGAAUUUGGCUUAUCUGUGAGGGCAUUUGUAUUCUAAUGGGACUGUCAUACAAUGGAAAAGAUGAAAAUGGCAACAUUCUCUGGGAUGGUGUGACUAACGUCAAACUGUACCAACUAGAGACAUGCAGUACAUUCAAAGGAGCCAUUGAGGCUUUCAACCACAACACCAAUAACUGGAUGUUUAGAUACAUAUACAAAAGACUACAGUUUCUAGGCAAUCGUUUAAUAUCGCAGGCUGUGACUUUGGUGUAUCUUGCCUUAUGGCAUGGGUUAGCAUCAGGGUACUAUAUGAACUUCUUCCUAGAGUUCAUCAUGGUCAACACCGAAAAUCAGAUUAUGGUGCUGGAAUAUAAAAUUUCUACGUUACAUGAGCUCAACAGAUCUAUUACUCUGCAACCAUUCCUUUGGCUGGUCAAGAAAAUACUGGUGUCAUUCUCUAUAAGUUAUGCCUUAGUCAGCUUCUGCAUGUUAACCUAUGACAAGUUUUUACCGAUAUACUCCUCGGUGGGAUAUGCAGGUCAUGUCAUCUAUCUCGGCUUCCCUAUCCUCUACAUGUUCCUAACAAGAGUUAUUCUGACAUCCAAAAAACCAGUCAAUAAAACCAGUUAAAGGGAAAGGGAGCAACACUGAUGCCCACUUGACUUCCGUCGCAGCUACUAGGCAUUCUUAUCUGUCCACUACAGACAUAAGUGUGGGAUUUUUGAUUAAGUUUUGAUUUUUUCUUUUUCUUACUGCAGAGGAUUUAGUGAAGCACCUGUUCAUAUUCUUACUCUAUUGCUCAAACAACCAUUAGAAAACAGAGAAGUUGAAGAGUUGAAGAAUAUUGUUUUAGUAGUUAGCAAAAUUCUGGAUCUCUAACCAGAUCCCAGUUUCCCUAAGGUAAGUUUUUAUUAUGUUUCCAGUCCUUUUAGAUUAGAAGCAUUAUUUUUGACUGAUUUUACUUCAUGUGAUACUAAGAUUUGUACAUUUGGAUGCUUAGCUAGGGUAUAAAUCAUGCACACAACAAACGUCUGUAAUCAUGUAAUGAAAGGGUAGCUAGACUGAAUUUGAGAACAAACACCCAAUACCUGUACAUGAAAUUUACAGCAUGACAGGUGGGUGGUCAUAAUUCACAAAAUUCAAUGUUGAAAUGGCCCAUGUAAUAAUGCACUGCGUAGAGCAUUUUAUGCAUAUUAAGAUGUCUACUUGUAGUUCCUUUAGAGGUUUGAUAUUUAUUUAUUGCAUAUUUUAUUAGUUUUGCCAGAAUGAUUUAUAUUAACUUUGAACUGUAAAUUGUAUCUAUUUGUAUGUUUUAUACACCCUCAUUUUAGAUAUAAAGGUUGGUCAAUGAUUAAACUUUCAGCAUGCUAAAAAAGAUCUUUUGUCCAUAUCUCUAGAUAGAGUCAUAUGUUAAAAUUAACAAACACAUGUACGGUACUUGAUAAAUUUUUUUUUUAAUUGUUUAAUUCACAUCCCCAUUGUGUAGAGUUCUGCAAGCCUUUUGAAUAUAGGUAUUCAAAAAAAAUGACAAGAUACAGUAACUGAUUUCAUGAACACCUUAACCUUUUUGCAUAUCAAAAGAUACAAGUGUUUAUAUUCUUAUAAAGGUGAUUCUUUAUUUUGUAACUGUGGUUUAUGGGAAUUAAGAAUUUGUUAUUUAUAUACUAUUUAUUUUAAGCAUUGACAAUGAUUUUUAAUAUUAUUUUCAACAACACUCAGGUAACAAGGCUUGUGGGUUUCUCAUAAAUGUUCAUUGUAUUUUGUAAGUGAUUUGUUUUUGCAUCUUGUUAAAAAAAUUGUCACAGUAAUAACUCUUUAUGUGCCUUAAAUGAUGUGUUUUUAUGAAUGUUCUGAUUUUCUAUCCAACUGGAGGUGUAUUUUAUUUUUAGGUCACCAGAUUCAGUUUUGUCUGUGUUUUUGUCCUUUAUUUAAGAAAUAAACAACCUUUUCAGUGAACAUUGCGUUGUGAACAACAUUUGCCCUGUUCUGACAUAUUCCAUAAAGCCCACCUCAGUGAGGAAUAUAACUUUGUGUUUCUCCCAAAAAGAGAAUUUAAAGAAAUGGAAAGA